UCUCCAAUUGAUAAGCAGAAUCAUCUGUCCCCAUUCACUCGCAAUGAGUUGUACUACUUGAAGCCUUCCUACAUUGGUGUCAAAUUCGCUACUUGUUCUCUCCAGACCAGGUUUACCUUCCUCUCUCGUCUAAUCGAAUUGGUUGGCAAACCCUAA